GUAUAGUAUGUUUAACGUUCAUGUUUCAUCUUUCUCUUAAUUAUCUAUCUUCCCCGGAUUUGCCCUAGAAUAUGAAGCAGAACUUCAGAAGUUUACAUCAACGAAUUACUAAGUUGCAGCAAUUUCAAUUCAAGCAUAAUCCGAAACCUAGUGACUCUGUAAGUAGAGGUGUUAGAGACAGCAAACUUUUGAUUCAGUGCAACAAACAGAUCGCAGAGAAUGGAAGAAAUGGCAACGUUAAUGAGGCAGAAUUGGUAUUCCACAGGAUGCCCGUGAAGAACACUGCUUCUUGGACUGCCAUGCUCACUGUCUACGCCCAAAAUGGCCAAAUAGAAAACGCCCGCAAAGUGUUCGAUCAAACGCCUCAACGAACUACGGUCUCAUAUAACGCAAUGAUCUCGGCUUACAUUCGCAAUGGUUGCAACGUGACCAAAGCUUAUGAGCUGUUUUCAGUGUUGUCUGAACGCAACUUGGUCUCAUAUGCUGCCAUGAUCACGGGUUUUGUGAAGGCAGGGAAGUUCCACAUGGCUGAGGAACUGUACCUUCAGGCUCCUCAUGAGUUCCGGGACCCUGCUUGUUCAAAUGCGUUGAUAAAUGGAUAUUUGAAGGCAGGUGAAGUGAAUGAGGCGUUGCAGGUUUUUGAGAACAUGGUUGAGAGGGAUGUUGUUUCUUGGAGUGCCAUGGUUGAUGGUUUGUGCAGGGAUGGGAGGGUUGCAGCUUCCAGGGAGCUGUUUGACAGGAUGCCUGAAAGGAACGUGGUUUCUUGGAGUGCAAUGAUAGAUGGGUACAUGGGGAAAAGUUUCUUUCAAGAGGGUUUUUCCUUGUUUACUGAUAUGAGGAGGGAAGGUCUGGUUGAUGUUAAUUCCACCACAGUGACUAUCAUGUUUAAAGCGUGCGGGAAUUAUUGUAGAAUGCCAGAGGGCAUGCAGAUACAUGGGUUGGUUUCACGCUUGGGAUUUGAAUUGGAAAGUGUUUUGAGUAACUCCAUGAUUACUAUGUAUUGCAUGUUUGGUUGCACAGACAUGGCAGACAAAGUAUUUUGUAUAUUGAGCGACAAAGAUUUAGUUACUUGGAAUUCUUUAAUUUCUGGAUACGUUCAUAACAAUGAAGUGGAAGCUGCGUAUAGGGUUUUCGAGAGUAUGCCAGAGAAAAACUUGAUCUCUUGGACGGCCAUGAUCACAGGAUUUACUAAAAGUGGAAGAAUUGGAAAUGCCAUACAACUUUUUAAUAUGUUGCUAGUGAAGGAUGAUUUUGUUUGGACGACUAUUAUAUCUGGGUUUGUAAAUAAUAAGGAGUAUGAGGAAGCUUUGCAUUGGUAUACUCGGAUGAUUUGGGAAUGCAAGCCAAAUCCUUUAACUAUUAGUAGUGUCCUCGCAGCUUCAGCUGCUUUAGUGGCACUAUAUGAAGGGCUACAGAUUCAUACUUGUAUUCUGAAAAUGAACCUAGAGUAUCAUUUGUCUGUACAAAACUCUCUUAUAUCAUUUUACUCCAAGUGUGGGAAUGUGAUUGAUGCCCACAGGAUUUUCUUAGAUGUCAUUGAACCAAAUGUCAUCUCUUAUAACUCAAUCAUCAAUGGGUUUGGACAAAAUGGUUUUGGCAAAGAGGCUCUCAGUAUGUAUAGAAAAAUGCAGAGUGAAGGUCAUGAAGCCAACCAUGUUACUUUCCUUGCUGUCCUUUCAGCCUGUACUCAUGCAGGAUUAGUUGAAGAGGGAUGGGACUUAUUUAACUCCAUGAAAUCACGUUAUGGAAUUGAGCCAGAAGCUGAUCAUUAUGCUUGCAUUGUAGAUCUCCUUGGCCGUGCAGGUUUGCUUGAUGAAGCUGUUGAUCUAAUCCGUUCAAUGCCAUUUAAGCCCCAUUCUGGUGUUUGGGGGGCUAUUCUUGGUGCAAGCAAUACUUACCUCCGUCUCGACCUUGCUCAGCUUGCAGCUGAACACAUUACUGAGCUGGAGCCUAAAAAUGCAACUCCUUAUGUGGUAUUAUCUAACAUGUAUUGUGCUUCUGGGGAAAAGAUUGACAGUGACUUAGUAAGAAAGACGAAAAACUUUAAAGGAAUAAAAAAAAAUCCAGGUUGUAGUUGGAUUACAAUGAAAGAUAAGGUUCAUCUAUUUCUUGCAGGGGAUCAAUCACAUGAUAAUAUUGAAGAAAUGAAAGCCACAAUACUGACCAUGGAUAGGGAAAUGCGGUGGUUGUGUCAUUGUCGGUGCUGAUU